CAAGUGGAAUUUCAUUAUAUUUUCAUAUCGUCCGUUAUCUUAGAGACAGCAGUUUAAAACACAGCGAAGAACAUUUUUGUGAAUCUGUGUUACAUAGAGGAAUAUACUACAGUACAAGAUAAUCGGAUAAAUAAGUCUGCCAUAGUGUUGACUUCAUAUAAGAUCUUUUCCAAGGACAUGGCAAGUAUGGCAGAAACUCCGGAAUUGAAUGAAAUUUUACCAGAUGGCGACAAGGAUGGUAAAAGGAUAUUUGUAAUAAAUGCUCCAUUAUUAACGCGUCAAUUAAAUGAUGUGAAACUUAUUGGUGAUCCUGGCGGUGGAAAGGUCAUACUAUGCGUAAUUAAAAAGGAGCUGCUUAAACUAUUUCCAUGGUGGUACAAAAAUAAGUUGAAGAUUCCAUUGGUUAUAAUCCUCACCUCGAAUGACUCGGAGCAACAAUUGUUGCUGACGCAACGGCAAAAUUUAUUCCCUACAGACUUACGUCAGCAAAAUCAUAACCGCAAUGACGUCAUGUUGAGUUAUGUCUUGCAUAAUCAAUCAACCCUUUUCGAAUUGCCUAAUCAUGACAUUCUUUUAUAUUUUGAUGUUUCUUCUCAACAUGUUUUGAAGAGAAACAAAAGGCGGUCGAGUUUGCCUAUUGAGCCGACAAAUAAAAACGCUCGUCAUAUUUCGCCCGUGGUAAUCUUUGUUGCUAACUUUCAUAAUCUUGAAGACUUUAAGAAAAACGUUUUCACUUUGUACAAUGAAUAUCAACUUAAUAAACAACGAAUAAUAAACAGGCAAAAUAUGCAUAAGCCCGUUUUCAAAAGGUGUCACUCCCUUCCAAUAAUGUCAAAAGAAAGCAACAAUAAAGAAAAUCUGACAGUUGUAAAAAUAUUACCUCUAUCGAUGCCAACUGGCGUUGACAUUCCGCAAGCUCUCAAUCUUAAUGAUCAAUCCACGCAAACCAUAGAUAACGAUGAUCGUUUUAAAAGACUUUACGACGAGACAAAAUUAGAGAAUGAAAAGUUGAUGAACGAAAAUGAAUUGCUAAAACGCAAACUUUUGGAAGAAAAUAAUUUGUUUGAAAAAUAUCGGGCCGAGAGGAGCCUUUUAGAGAAUGAAAUAUUAUAUUUAAAGCAAAGGUGUCAUGAGUUAGAAAAGGAGUACAAAGAUCUCUUAUCCGAAAAUGGAAGGCUUUUAAUCGAGAUGGAUUCCAAAAUUACUAAAGAAAAGCAUAUCGAGAAAUUAAAAAAAAUAUAUCCUACUAUGCCAAUUAGGAACGUCAAUGAAGAAAUGGUCACGUUAGGGGUUGAUAAUAAUCACACAGAAAUAAUACCCCCAAAUCAUAGUCGAACUAACCAUGUUGGAUCCAGCAGUGAUCUUUUAAAUGAAGGAAACGUUCCACCUGAAUCUAUAGAAUACCCUGUACAAGUAGUAGAAGGAAAUGAAAUAGAACCUAUUGGCGGGGAGAAUAACUCAUUAUCAACCACGCCCCAAGAUAACAAUUCAUAUAAACAAUUAUUGCUAGCUAUUGCCCAUAGUUUGCUCUCCAAUGAUGUUAUUAAACUAAAAGUUUGGGCUCACGAACAGUUUUCAGUUGAAACGAAUCUUAUCGCAACCGAAGCCAUGUUUCAAUUGGAUCGGAAAGGUGUUAUCAAUCCGACGAAUCUGAGUGCCCUACGCGUGUUCUUCGAGUCAAUUCUGAGAUUUGAUUUAGCUCAUCUCAUCCAACAAUACUGCUGCGGGGAUUAUGCUAAUUUGAAGCAGCUGAUUGUUAAAAUUAAAGAAAGGCUCGUUCAAAACGCGAGGGAACGCAAUCUACAUCAUGUACGCACUUCUACCCUUCUCCCAACACAUUCGUAUUCUCCAAGAUUACCGGUACAACGAGAAGUAUCGAAUAGCAGGAAUCAAUAUGACACUGCAAAUGGCCCUCCACUUAAUGAUCCUCAAAACAGCGCAACUGAUACAAGAAGAAAUCAUAGAUCGUCAAUGUUUGAAGAUAUUGCUGAUCGUCGUUCCACGAGAGAAACAAGAGGUAGUGAAAAUAGUUCAAGAAGAAAUUUAACUGAAACGACCACAAGAACAAGUAAUGGCAUUGCAGAUAAUUCAAGAACUGAACAGUCUGCUAUACAGCUUAGUAUCCGAGAUCCUUCUCCUUCUGCAGAAUACAACGAUCCGUCAACAUCUCACGAAAAUGGUCGUUCCUAUUUACAUAGUGAUAGAAGAAGAGAGGAGAGAUGGUUGUGUAAUCACUACAAAAGACGUUGCAUGGUGAAAUUUGAUUGUUGUGAUAAAUACUGGGCUUGCCAUCGUUGCCACAACGAGACAAGCACGUGCCAGCAAAAGAAACUGAAAUCACGUGAUACGACGAUGGUCAAGUGCAUGGAAUGUGGAAAAGAACAACAGUUUGGUGAAAAUGGUCAAUUUUGUGUUUCGUGUAACACUCAAUUUGCUGAUUUUUACUGUGGUAUUUGCAAACAUCUUACUGGAAGAGAUGAUCAUCCGUAUCAUUGCGAGAAAUGUGGAAUUUGCAGGAUCCAUGGAGAUCGUUCAUAUCAUUGCGACGUCUGUGGUGUUUGUCUUGAUGUUCAACUCAGAGGAAAUCAUAAAUGUCGUCCAGAUUCCGCUCAUGAUGUUUGCGGUAUCUGCUUGGAGGAUGCAUUCACGGGCUGUCAGAUCCUUCCAUGUUCCCACAAAGUUCACAAAGAAUGCUCCACCCAAAUGAUUCAAAGCGGAUUAACUCGGUGCCCAAUUUGCCGGGAGAGUUUCGCUCACAAGCUCCAGAGACGCCCAACAGCUGGAAGGAAGCCAUCAAGAAGAAGGCGGUGAAGACACGUAUGAAAAAUGGACAUUUUGAGCCUGCAUGUAUACGAUAUAUAUAUUAAUAAUUCCAAUAGCGCAUUUUUUGGGUAGUGUUGCAGCUCCUUGCAAAAAUGAUUUUCAUUAGCUGAACUUUACAAUACAUUUCUGGUUCAACCAAUAGCAUAGCUUCACUCUUUAGAAUGCAUAGAAAAGCAUUAUCCAAUUGGACGAAAGCUUCCGACGCGCAUAUAAUUAAUUAAUAGCCAAUUUGAAUUGUAUAGCUUUAAGGGAGCAGCUAGAGCUUUUCUUUAAAUAAACGCAAUGCCAUAUAUAUAAAGUAGAUCAAAAGUAGGAUCGUAGCAUGAGCGCUACUUGCUUCUCAGAGGUAAACAACUUUGAAAUAGACCCAAAGUGGUGAUGAUGGGGACGUUAACAAUAGAUGAUGGAAUAUGUCAUGGGCGUGGUCAAAAGACCACGAACAGCAACAAACACACCUUGAGUAUUAGAAAAGAGAUUUUACAAUUUCAAAAAGAUAUUUUAUGAACAUUAGCCGCAUAUGAUAAAUGACCAGGGCCGAUGGUUCGAAAGCUGAAUAGCGCUAAACCGAAUAGGGGUUUUUCAAUCCCGCUAAAAUUAAUCGUUGAUCCGGCAGAACUUUGAUUAUUCCUUAGUAUUGGUCCUUUAAAUUGGGGAUCCUAUUUAAUAACUGCAUGUUAUAGCAGCUUUAAAAACUUUAAUUUUAAUUGCUUCUCGUCCGGUUUCACAACUGUUAAGAAAUAUAUACUAUCUGCUAGAAAUAGCGCAAACCAGUAUUCGUACAACCGGCCCAUGGGGAAUAAAAUAGUUAAUAUAUUCGAUUAGUAUUGAAACCGAGAACUGAAAUGCAUGGUUUAAAAAUUAUGGACGUAUAAUAAUUAUAUUUUUUAUCAAUA